AUGUCUCCAGACGAGCCUGCAAGAGUCCCGGUGUCGGAGGAGACCCCUCUGCUCCGUGAUGUCAGCCCCGCCAAUGCAGGCCAGGCGAAUGACCAGGAACCGUUGGCCGAGGAGCGCAGCACUAGGGAACUGAUCCUGAUUCUAGGAAGUAUCUGGCUGGGUGUUUUCCUGGCUGCGCUUGAUACGACCAUUGUCGCGACACUCUCAGCACCAAUUUCCUCCUCGUUCAACUCGUUCUCCUUACUCUCCUGGCUGGCUACCUCCUAUCUGAUCUCGAAUGCUGCCUGCCAGCCCCUGAGCGGCCGAUUGACCGAUAUCUACUCUCGUCGCUGGGGACUUGUCUUCUCCAACGUCUUCUUCGCCCUGGGCAAUCUGAUCUGCGGCCUAGCGAAAACGCAAUGGGCGAUAAUAUUGGGUCGCGUGGUCGCGGGGGUGGGUGGUGGCGGCCUGACAGCAAUUUCGACCUUUGUCACCUCGGAUUUGAUUCCUCUUCGGAAGAGAGGUAUCUGGCAGGGCAUCGGAAACAUCUGUUAUGGAGCCGGCAUGGGCCUUGGUGGCGUAUUCGGCGGGUGGAUAAACGAUACGCUGGGAUGGCGGUGGGCUUUCUUGCUCCAAAUCCCCUUUCUGGUGAUAUCGUGUAUCCUAGUUAUACUCAAGGUGAACAUACCCGUGAAGGUAACUGACAAGUCGCGCAUCAAACGCGUUGACUUCCUCGGAGCCAUCACCCUGGUCCUUACGCUUGUUACACUACUGCUGGGCCUGAACACCGGUGGAAACCAGGUCCCCUGGACCCAUCCAAUCGUCCUUGUGUCAUUGCCCCUAUCGGCCAUGUUUUUGGGUCUCUUCAUCUACGUGGAAGCCCGUGUUGCGACCGAGCCUGUGAUCCCCGUGAAACUGCUUCUGGACCGAACGGUUGCCUCUGCUUGCCUGACAAACUGGUUCACGACCAUGGCCAUCUUCGGAUUGCUUUUCUAUCUCCCGGUCUACUUCCAGGUGCAGGGGCUCUCUGCCACCGCGGCUGGAGCUCGGCUGAUUCCGCAGGCGAUCGGAACUUCGAUUGGAUCGCUCGGCAGUGGCUUCGUCAUGCGAAGUACGGGGCGCUAUAAGAUCCUCAACUAUACCGCGAUGGCCCUGCAGGUGACCUCGGCGGCAUUGAUCUGCACUUUGAACCUGGCGACUCCCGCCUGGCUACCCUUCCUGUAUUUCUUUCUGGGGGGUGUCGCAUACGGCAGUAUGUUGACCAUCACCCUGGUUGCGUUGAUUUCGGCCGUGGACCACGAGUACCACGCAGUCGUAACCUCGGCAUCCUACGCCUUCCGCAGCACCGGAAGCACCAUUGGUAUCACCAUUGCCUCGGCUGUGUUCCAGAACACCCUGAAAACCGGCCUGUGGUCCCGGUUCGGCGAUCGCAAGGACGCGGCGGAGAUCAUUUCGCGCCUCCGAGACAAUUUGAAUGGGAUCCGCAAGCUCCCCGAGGGCUGGGUUCCUGGCGUCUUGGAUACAUAUAUGGAUUCCUUACGAGCGGUGUUUGUCACGCUGCUUGGAUUGACUAUCCUGGGCGCAGCGGUUAGCAUUGCCAUGCGAGAGCACAAGUUGCACAACAACCUCUCUCGUCGGUGA